AUGGCAGAAAUCACCGCAAAGCGAAGAAAGCUAAGCGUGGGCGAUGGAGCUCAACAACCUGCCAGAAAUGGAGCCAAAUGGACGCAAAGUCGGUCGCGAUCGCAUGCUCCAACCGCUGAGCUUGCCGUUGCUAGUGGAGUGUUCAAGUCCAAUGCCUUUAAGUUGCAGGUGGAUGAAUUGCUCUCUCAACUUCGGCCGGAUCAUGACAAGCUGCUUGCCCGAGUCGAAAAACCACUGCGGACAUUGAAGAGCAUCAUCGAAAAAAUACCAAAUAUCCCUCCCAAAACCGUGUCGGAGGCGGAGAAGAGUCUGCGCAAACGAUCAGGCGUUUCUGUUCCGUUUCCAGAGCCCCGUCCUGCGAAGGAUACGAAGUAUACCCUGGAAUAUGCCGCACCCGUGAAUAUCAACGUCGUGGGGAGCUUCGCGGUCAAGACGGAAAUAAAAUCAAAGCUCACAACAAUCGACCUGGCUAUCACUAUCCCGGGUUCGUUGUUCCAAAAAAAGGAUUACCUCAAUUAUCGAUAUUUCCACAAGCGUGCCUAUUACAUAGCCUGCAUUGCGGCAGGCAUUAAAGAUACCGUGGAGCCGGGCUUUAAGAUAAGUUGGAGUUACCAAGGAGGGGAUACACUGCGUCCUGUGAUUCUGCUGGAGCCCACAGAAGGCGCCGACGAAUCCUUCAUACGCUCCAAAUCCCGCAUCCGCAUCCUCACAGCCAUCGAUGAAGAUGUUUUUCCAACUUCCGUCACCUUUCCCACCGCAACAAACAUCCGAAAAAACAAUGCGGAUCACGAUCAGCAACAUGAUUCUACUCAGCCAAGGGACCAUAUCGCAACGCCCAUUUACAACAGUGCUAUCCGAUCGGAGGCAUCUGUUUCGGCGUUCUUGAAGCUUCAAUAUGCUGCCAGUGUCAAAUGCACGGCCUAUCGAGAUGCAUGUAUCCUCGGCCGGAUUUGGCUUCAGCAGAGAGGUUUUGGGGCCUCUUUUGCACAAGGCGGCUUUGGCCACUGUGAGUGGGCUACUCUCGUAGCCCUACUCCUCGAAGCGGGGGGACCUAAUGGGAAACCGCUUCUCUCCCCGAGCUACAGCAGCUACCAAAUCUUCAAAGCUACAAUUCAGUUCCUUUGUGGCAGAAAUCUUAUCCAACCAUUCGUACUGUAUGCAGAUGGGAUCUCGAAGCUCCCACCAUCUGACGUGCCUAUUUUCUUUGAUGGAAAACGAGGAAUGAACAUCCUCUAUAAAAUGUCCCCCUGGUCAUAUUCUCUGCUACGCCACGAGGCUCUUACUACCUUGAAAAUGUUAAACGACCCGCUUCGAGACAACUUCAACGGAGUUUUCAUUUUCAAGGUUGAUGAUCCCCUUUGCAGAUUUGACCACCUUAUCUCAAUAUCUCCGCAAAUCGCUCUUUCGUCAACUCUUCAUAUCAGGAAAUACCAAUCGUCUGUCUAUGAAGUCCUUUUUAAGGCUCUGGGUGAUAGAGCUAAGCUCAUCAAUCUUUCCGUUCCAGAUACCACCGACUGGCCUGUUGGAUCGGGUGCAACCCCUUUCACAAAGGGAAAUGGACCGUCAAUCACCCUCGGUUUAUUACUCGAUGCUGAGCACUCUAACCGGAUUGUUGACCACGGUCCUUCAGCCGAGGAUAAAGAAGCUUCCGCUACUUUCCAAAAAUUCUGGGGCGAUAAAUCCGAGCUUAGGCGUUUUAAAGAUGGAAGUAUCGUGGAAAGUUUAGUAUGGUCCGAUCGCCAGUCAGACCCACCAAUUGUCCAGCAAAUUGUGGCCCAUAUCUUGAAGCUGCAUCUUGGCCUUGAUGGAAACCGCAUCACAUUUGCUAACUACGACCUUGGCGACGAAUACUUCAACGGUGCCAGCGCAUUGAACCCUACUUCUUCCUUUCAGCCGUAUAUGGAUGCAUUCAGCUCUCUUGAAAAACUACUCCAAGGCAUCGAUGGGCUUCCGCUCACAUUACACCAACUCUCCCCAGCUAGCCCUCUCUUAAGGUACACAUCAACUCAAAUCUCAAACAGCGGGCUAGUGCAAAACAGUCCUGCCGAUGUUCUUCUCCAGUUUGAAGGCUCGACACGAUGGCCAGACGACUUGACGGCCAUCCAAAUGACAAAACUGGCAUUUUUACUCAAGAUAGCCGAACUUCUACAAGACUCGGGAGAAGUAGCAUCCUGUCAAGUAGGUUUAGAGAAUGAAAACAGCAGAUUACUUAACACCUCCUUCCUCGACAUCGUCCUCCCAAACUCCAUCACAUUCCGCCUUCGCAUCUACCACGACAGGGAACAGACUCUGUUGGAGCAACAACUGAAAAAGAAAGAUCUGGCAGCACGACAAAAGGAAGAAUUAGCCUUUGCUCUCGCCACACACAAGCGCGCUUUCAUUCAGGCUCCCCGACACACACAAGCAAUCCGAAUCCUCUCCACCCGGUUUCCCUUGCUCUCCCCAACCAUCCGCCUCGUGAAAAAAUGGGCAAAUUCCCACCUCCUAACCCCUCAUCUCCGAGAGGAACUUCUUGAAUUAAUUGUUUGCCGGGUCUUCGUCCAUCCAUUCCCCUGGGAUGCCCCUUCUAGCAUCGUCACCGGUUUUCUUAGGACUCUUCAUUUCCUCUCCCGCUGGGACUGGCAACUGGAGCCGUUAAUUGUCGAUCUAAACCAAGAACUGACAUUGCAGCAAUUGUCCGAGGUCCAAACGCGCUUCGAUGCCUGGCGAAACAUCGAUCCGAUGAUGAACACCGUCACCCUCUUCGCCGCGUCAAACCUUGACCGGGAUGGCGUCACUUGGACCCAGUUCUCGAAACCGCCACGAGUCGUCGCAGCGAGACUAUCUGCCUUAUCCAAAUCGGCCAUGAAGCUCGCGGCGGAGAAGAAGCUAGAUUUGCAUGCUCCAGAACUUUUCAUAUCGCCCUUUACGGAUUAUGAUUUUGUGCUUUGGUUGAAUUCAAAAUAUGCUGCUGGUAGCCGGAAGAAGAGGGAGGACCGAGCUGUGUUUAAGAAUCUUCAAGGACUAUGCCAGGGGGUUCUAGAUGGUGAUAUGACGGGUUUUAAACCCGCUGCUGCGUUUGCGGACGAGUUGACACGUUUGUAUGGACAUGCUAUUGUAUUUUUUCAUGGGGAUUAUGGGGAAGCUGGUGGUGGUGUUAUCGCUGGUGUUUGGAAUCAGCAGACGACGAAACCACGGACGUGGGGGUUGAAGAUUGGCUAUUCAACUAUUCCGUCGAUUGUUGAAGGCGAAGAGGAAAAUCAGACGGAGCUUGCGCCUAAUAAGACGGCGAUUUUGAAUGAGAUUGCCACCAUAGGUGGUGAGCUUGUCGAGAAGAUUCAGGUUAACCGGUAA